AUGGCAGAGGAGUGGGGAAAACAGGCGUUUGCUGCCAGGCGGUACAACGAAGACACAACGAGGGGUUCUGCCUUCACUUACACAAACAGCAAUAAUACCAGAGAUCCCUUUGAGGGACCCAACUACCACAUUGCUCCCCGAUGGGUUUACAACGUCUCAACGAUCUGGAUGUGUUUUGUGGUGGCCGCAUCAGUCUUCACCAACGGUCUGGUUUUGGUGGCCACAGCAAAGUUCAAGAAGCUGCGUCACCCACUGAACUGGAUUUUGGUCAAUCUUGCCAUCGCUGAUCUUGGAGAGACGGUCUUUGCCAGCACCAUCAGUGUGUGCAACCAGUUUUUUGGAUAUUUCAUUCUGGGACACCCAAUGUGCGUCUUUGAGGGCUUCACUGUCUCAACUUGUGGUAUUGCUGCUCUUUGGUCCCUGACUAUCAUCUCCUGGGAGAGAUGGAUAGUUGUGUGCAAACCCUUUGGAAAUGUCAAGUUUGAUGCCAAAUGGGCUACGGCUGGAAUCGUCUUCUCCUGGGUCUGGUCUGCAGUGUGGUGUGCUCCUCCCGUCUUUGGAUGGAGCAGGUAUUGGCCCCAUGGUCUAAAAACAUCAUGUGGACCUGAUGUGUUCAGUGGAAGCGAGGACCCUGGAGUCCAGUCCUACAUGAUAGUUCUUAUGAUUACAUGCUGUAUCAUUCCCCUGGCUAUCAUCAUCUUGUGCUACCUCGCUGUGUGGCUGGCCAUCCGUGCUGUUGCCAUGCAGCAGAAGGAAUCUGAGUCCACCCAGAAAGCUGAAAGGGAAGUAUCCAGGAUGGUGGUUGUCAUGAUCCUGGCUUAUUGUGUGUGCUGGGGACCUUACACCUUCUUUGCCUGCUUUGCUGCUGCCAACCCUGGAUAUGCCUUCCAUCCUCUGGCAGCUGCCAUGCCGGCCUACUUUGCUAAGAGCGCUACCAUCUACAACCCAAUCAUCUAUGUCUUCAUGAACCGACAGUUCCGCACAUGCAUCAUGCAGCUCUUUGGCAAACAGGUGGAUGAUGGCUCUGAAGUAUCCACAUCAAAGACAGAGGUCUCCUCUGUGGCUCCUGCAUAA